AUGAGUUUAAUUUUCAAAAUUAUAAAUAUUAUUUUCUUUAUGAUUGCCAUGCACAUCAAAGAAAUAUGGCCAGAGCCACCACUGCCAAAGAAGGCCAUGGAAGUUCCUCGAAUACCAAAAAUAAUUGAGGCCUUUCAAAGGCCACUGUCUGUGGAAGAAAUGCCUGCGCCCUGCCGUGAGUUAAGCCAGGUCUUAUCAGACAUAACUGCGCUCUUUACUGAGUCUGUCCAUAACUCAGUGCGUAUAAAAAAACCCCGGGGAAUAGAGAGCGAAGUUAAAAAAAUAGAAAAAUUAUAUGAAGAAAUAAAUUUAAUUAUAAGCAGUAAAAGAGAGAUAGAGGCUAAAGAAAGGGCCAUAUACUUAGUAAAAAAACAAAUAAACAAAAAGCAAAACCUAAUUAACAAACUUAAUUUAAAUGAAAAAAGAAAAAGAAAAGAAAUAACUGGCCCCUGAGAAUGUACUGGUA